GGUUUGUGUAGCGCGUGAGCGUGUUCUACUUACUGGCCAAGGCUGUUUUACACCAGGACCAGCCACGGUGUACGGAAAUCACUGCAACGCCAAGCGUUACAUAAAAAUACAUCGAGUGCCCAUGCAGUGAAGGCAAGGCGCACAAGAAGGAACUACAUGUAGUAGCGUUUGCUUCUGCUUGACUGUGUGCCGUAUCUGUAUCGAGUGUUGCGCACGAUCGCCAGCACUGAAGCCGCAAUCGAAAGUGCGCAGCUUUUUAUCGAGUUCAAGUUCACUUCAUAGUGAUCUCUCAUCUGGGAGGUUGCGCUCGUUCCCCCCGCGCUCCUUAUUGUGCUCAGUACCAUUUUAUGCAUCGGAAAUGUGUCUGCGUCUGGGACUGCGUCUGGAAAGAUGCGAACACGUGAUGCCCAUUGCAGAUUAUACGAAAAUUCUCUCACGCACAAUUUUUGACAGCAAACGUUGCACACUUCUUGUCACCGAAUGCUAGGGCUUGCAUGUCAGACCUUCUGGCUCUGCGUCACACAAAAAGAAAAACAGUGCGACAAUGACAAAAAACUGCAUUCUUUCCGAGUCCGACCCAGACAUAUUUGAUGUAGUUGAUACAUUUCGGACAGCCAAAAUAUCGCGCAUACGCACAGCCACAACUGACAUCAUCGUGCAACGAAUCGAGUUCCGACAAAGACACGCCGACGCUUCCCUGGAGGCGUGAGGCCCUCUUCCAACUUUCCACGAGGACCUGCGAAAAAGUAGAAGGAGGAUGAGCCAGAUCAACUACAACCCUAGCAACCCCCAGGCUGGUGCCUAUCCGCGAAUGGCGCGACGGUAUGAGCGCGGCAGGGACGCCAAGAUGACUGCAAAUGAUUUAAAGAGUGUGUCCGUAGGGGAUUUGCUUGAAAUCGCUAAAGACAAGUGGAAAAGCCGCUCACUGCAGCGGUCGCUGAUGGAACAUGACAAAGACAUGACUGAGUAUAAAAAUUACUAGUCAGCCUGUCUAAUGGAAUAACGGGCCUGCUUGUGCUUUUUUCCGAACUUUACAUAUACACCGAGAACGGAGCCGAGAAUCACCACCCCAUGGCUUUUCGCCUGAGCAGCCUCUGACAUCUCGGCAAUUCGUCUGCUUUUGGUUUCUUCUUACUUGUUUCGUUUUCCGCCCUUAUUGUAUUUCUUUUUUCAUUCUGUAUUCCGCUUUCUUUUGAAAAGAAAGCGGAAUACAGAAUGAAAAAAGUUUUCUGCUUCUGUUGAAAAAGCGCCCUGUCCCUGUCCGAUUAAUCUUCAAACCCUGCCCCGUUCGCUUCCGUUCCCCUUCCUCGCCCGCCGACAUGAGCUUGGUUGGCGCUUAGCGCCAACCAAGCAGGUCGAUGGAGCCGAAAAUAGCGGCUAUUUUCGGCUCCAUCGCGGACCGUGCAGCCAGCGGAGAAACUUCAUCCGCCGCGCCCGGUAAAUUGUAUUCGAAAGCCGGAGCGUCUGAAUGCUCCCGGCUUGUGUCAGCGCGUGAGCGUGCAGAGGGGGCGUCGCGCUUUUUCAUAGUCCCGGGCCACUCGUCCUGUUUUCACCCCGUCGGUCGGAGGCAGAGGAAGUUGCCCUGCUCCCCUCUUUUGCCUUUGGUAUCUUGCUGGCUCCUGCGGGCGGCAGAAGGCCCGGAGAAAAAAGGUAGCGGAGGUCGCGCGUGCGUCCUAAUAUCCGCCACACAGGAACUUUUCCCAACCAAGUUCGUGGGAUGGGCCGACCAAAAAAAAAGAUCACAGUCGUUCUUUUCUACCUGCGACGGACUCUGGUGGUGGUUGAUGCUUGCUUAUCUUCUUGCCAAUCACCACGAGACACAGGGACGGGCGGAGCUCUUGGCUUGGAUUCUCAUUUCAGAUUUUCAGACUCCUGUUUCCUUCCAGAUUGAUUGCUCGACAUCAACAAGUCGGCCCAUGCUAGCCAGCCGAAUUGGAGCCCUAUACCUAUCCUUCUAUUUCAACUACGUGAUGACAUCUGCUGCUAUUUGUAAUUCCUCGAUCAGAGCUUAUUGAGUUUGAAUUUAAUAACAGUCGGACAGACUAUCUCUGCGAACCAUAUCAGGUUGAUCUACGAAAAAGCGGAGCCCGGAUUCGUCCAGCUGCUGAGCGACCAAUAUGGAAAUUACCUAAGUCAAAAAAUCUUGGAGCAUUGUUCUGAUGAACAGUUUGAUUCUCUGUUUGCCAAGGUCGACGGCCAGCUCGCGAUGCUUGCAAACGAGGUGCACGGAACGCGAGCUGUCCAGAAAUUCGGUAUGUCUUCUCUUUUAGUUGUUGUGUCUCAGGUUCUCCGAGAAAGUGACGCUGUGAGACCUAAACGACAACCGUUCCGGCCCAAACGUUAACGACCUUUUCCGCUCGUACAGGGCGCGCUCAGGUUUCCCGGGACGCCUGUGCAUCUGGUCGUUGGAUAUAUUGUUAUGGCGCAGAUGUACACGCACCGAAUGCAGAUAGCCCCGCUCGGUUCAAAACCAUACAGAGUGCCCUCCCGUGUUGUACAGUAAUACGCAACUCGCCACCCUUGGUCGCGGGUUGUGACAAGGAUGGCCGCCCGGCAAAAGGCCUGCGCGCAAUUUAUUACCAGUCCGGCGCCUUGUGUGAAAAAAACUGCCGCACUUACCGCACGCUGGGCCCGAUGGAAUGGCCUCAAUUUAGGCCGAGGAUCAUUUGCAGAGGACUCCAUAAUCCCCUCCGGAGUCCCGUGGCCCAAUUUGGGCCGCCUCCGAUGGUCCUCCCGGCCCCAGUGGUAUGGCCCCGAUUCCGGGAAUAAAGGAUUUGGAAGAGGAUUCCGGAGCGGACUUGAAAACUCACCCACGACUUCUCUGGCCCAAUUUGAACCGCCCCAGACGGCCCUCCCCCGGUGGUAUGGCCCCGAUUUCGUUUUUGCUGAGGAUUCCGGCAAAGCCUUCAAAUCCUUGCCGGAAUCCUCUGGCCCAAUUUGGGCCGCCUCCCUCAAACGGCCUUCCUCCGCUAGUAUGGCCUCGAUUUCGGGAGAGGAUUUUGCAGAGGAUGCCGGAGAGGGCGGCAAAAUUCUCUCUGGAGUCUUCGCGCCCAAACAAUUUGGGCCGCCUCAGACGGCCCUCCCACACCCGGUGAUAUGCCUGGCCCCGAUUUCGGGCGAGAACCCUGAGAGGAUUCCGGAGAGGAUCCUGGGAAUCCUCUGGCCCACUUCGAGCCGCCACGGGGGGCGGCCUUUCUCCUCUGGUAUGGCCUCGAUUUCGGAGGAGGACUCUGCAGAGCAUCCCACGGGGAGCAAGGCGGAUUCCCCGGGGAAAGCGGAUCCCCCUCGGGGAAAGCGGAUCCCCCGGGCCAGGACGGAUCCCCCGGGAGGCGGGCGGAUCCCCCGGGAGGACGGCGGAUUUCCCGCACGGCUGUGAAUCCGAUUCGCGGCGGUGUUGGUUUUUGUUUUAUACCCCUCCAAAAUGCAACACCGUAAGAGCUCCGGCGCGUCUCUUAGUUUAGGUCUCACAGCCUCAGAGUCUCUGUUUUUCUUUGUGGCUAGGGCCACGCUUCAUAAGUAAUUUCUUUUCCACCAACCUGCGCACUCCUUAAUAUUCAAAGAAGAAGCAUGUACGCGCGCCCACGCCAUGGCACGCCUGCCUUGCAUUAUUGAAUCUCAGACGUAAAAUUUUCACGAUUCACACAGUCGAGGAGGGGAUCCGACGCGGUCGAACUCAACAAGUUGUCUCGGGUCUCAUAGACCACGUUGAACCACUAAGCCGAAGUGUUACCAUAUCAAAUGCGACUGUGUCACACUAGUCAGGACAUUGCGGCUGCCUGGCUGCAGAUUUUCAAUUUUGCAAAGCAACGUAUCAGUUAGCAUGACCACACUCCCACUUAAUUCACCAGGAAGCGAUUUCCAUUGCUUUCCACUUGAGGAAAACAUGAGGACGUGGUCGAUCUAAGCGUGACAAAUCUCGUCAUCGUGAUCGUAUCGGUUCUACCGCGCCAGAAAAUAAACCUCGCAAAGAACGCAUCUAGCGCUGUGUUUUGAUGGCAAGCUCAUGUCGUGACCAUGACAAAAACUUGCAAUGGAUACACGGGAUUCCACGUCGUGGUGAAGUUGUUGGAGAAGUUGCUGCCAGAGAAAAAACUCGAAGCGAAAGAAGAGCAGCACGCUGGUGCGAGCACGACUUCUGCUGUCUCUUCCGAAGACCCAAAUAAACUACACUCCGACCAAGAAAACGGCAAGUGGGGCCACGAGGUUUUGGGUAUGCAAGUAGAGAGACCAGCGUCAAGUCCCGGCCCCGAAAGAAUGCUGCCAGUCAAAAGCCUCGAUGAAAAUCGGGGCGCGUAAGUCUUGCGACGCUUGGCAUGGUAUCUAUGUGAAUGUGAUUCUUCGUAGUAUCAAGCCUCCGCAUCCGUGAAGAACGAAUGUGACAAACGUGCGGCCGAUUUUUUUUGCUAUCCUAUGUACUUGAGAAGGGGGUCGUCACAAAAUGUGAAUGUCCGCUUAAGCGUAGGUUCGGAGAGGAUCUACCACCCACCCGGCUUGGUGCGCCUUAACAGUUUCAGUGACUCUAUGCCACAGCCAUGAAGUUGACUGACGUCGCCAUUUCGAUUUCCUUGCCGUGGUCAUUUUAUUGUCGCCCUGUAAAAGUAAACCCAAACGCACAGCGCAAGUCGCUUCCUAUGUCGAUGCCCCAUGGUCUGUUGCUUAUUGCGUGCUUUUCUGUAGAGCCAGGGCACACACACACACACACGCUGUGGCGCAGAUGUGGCUGUUUGAUGGAAGGACGGUCUUUGGUGGUCUCGCCGGCAACCACCAAGGGCCGACCGUCGUUCCAACAGGCAGCGCUUGCGUCACCGUCGAGGGACCACCACGCAGCUAGUUCCCAGCUGGCCUAAACAUGGCUAUCAGCUCUAUCUCCAUUUGUUUGGACUUGAAAAAGAACCCACAUAAGCGAAGCGAGGAACCUAAGGUGCCGGCUGGGAGGGUCGUAGAUCGUCCCCCGAGACAUGCGGACAAAUUGCAAUCCCCUGCCUUCUCUCAAUCAAUCAUGGCAAAGAUGGGCCAGCGCAACUAGCCGCAGAGCAGCAGCAGAAUAGGACUGAUUUUUUAUACAUACUUACUUAGUUGUUUACUUCACGGGGGCGGGGCGGAAAAACAAAAACUGGAGCAUUGGGGCACGAGGACGACAAAAAUGCUUUGCCUGUGAUUUUCGGGCGUCUUUGCUACGAUCGCGAGAGCGUCGUGAGCAUGGCCCGUGACCAGUGGGGAUGCUGCGUGUUGAAGACCUGCCUGGACAAAGCUGCUGGGGAGCGCCUUAGCUUUAUUGUCGAAACUAUCGUGGGGUCGACGCUGGAGCUUGUGCAAGAUCCGUAUGGAAACUAUGUCGUCCAACAUGUGCUCUCAACCACGACAUCCUACGACUUACGACUGUCAACAGCGAUAUUGCACUUCUUGCGACCUGUUCUUGAGUGUCGGUUGCUUGCCCCCUUCGUCAUUGUCUACUACUUUUCCGCUUGGUCAUGUUGUAGCGCCGCACACAGAUGAUAGAGAUCCAAUCUUCUAUUUUAUCCUCCGCCCCUUCUCUCUGUACGUAGAACCUGGCACAGUGGUAGCGUGCUUCUCGGAAGCUGCGCCAAACGUCCUGUGCGGGGAUGUACCCACCCCUCACUGUUUUGUCCUGUUCGAUUGGAGGUCGUGUUAUAAGCAAGGUGAGACCGACUAAUUCUAAUUUGCAUUGACUCGUCGAUCUCGCUUGAUAAUGAACCUCGAAGCUCCCGCUUCCGUGUGUUUGCUAACCUCUUUAUAUCAGCGUAUGCAGCGAGUCAUCGUAUAUUAAUACCCCUCUGCGGGUUCGUCGAUAGGGGUGGAGCGCGAAGGUGUCGAGGCUCAAGCAGGAAAAAGUUUUCAGUUCGAUGCCGCUUCGUCCUUCCGCAAAUGAUCGAGCGCCUGAAAGACCAUGUUCUGGAUUUGUGUCAGCAGAAGUUCUCGUCUAAUGUGCUCGAAAAGGUUCUCACCACUGCACCAGAGAGCCACCGCAAUAUGCUGAUUGAGGUACUCUAGUUAUUGACUUGUGUCUCUCUCUCUGUUUUGCUCAGUAGACCUGGUCCGCUCGUGCCAGCGUGUUUGCACAACGGCCCGGCUUGAAAAAUUCAGAGCAGUUGCCCGCGACGCAUCAAACAUGCCGGCUCCAAGUCUAGCAAGUACCGCCUGAAAAAACGACGCAGGCGAGCUGGCAAAAGUGGCGACCUUCUGAGGCGCCCGCCGCCUUCUAUUCUGGCGAUGGAUUCGGGACUCUCAAAAGAGCGCCCAAAAAAUAACGCGCGCAAAAUCAAGACAGCCGAACCGCAUGGGGCGGCCACUAUCUCGCAGUCUUUUGGGCGACUGCGAUGGCGGCCACCAUUUCGCCGUCUUCUAGGCCGGAAGGGAUUUGCAAAGAAACGCAUGAAGAAAAAGCGCGCCAGGCCUCUGAAGUUGGCCCACAUGUGAUGGGCCCGCUUUUUUUUUCUGGGCCCCUGCCGGGGCGCCCGGGCCGGCCCAACGCCAUCCGGCCUAGUUUCGGGCGGGAAUUUGGUAUGCUUGCCAAAGCCUGUGACGUUUUUCUUUUGAAGUGGGAGCCAUUCCAUGCGCGCCACGUUAUUCCCGGGGCCCCAUGGCGUGCCCGCAAUAAGCAACCUCGCGGCCGACCCGUGACCAAGGUGUGCGAAGGUGAGAUAGCGAUGGAAAACGACGUCGCUACUUCCGGCCCGAUGGCUGUAAAUUCGCUACGUUUGUGUUUUUUCUUUGAGCUGGAACCCCGGCGGCCGCUUUUGAUUUUGAUUUUUGGUGGCCCUUGAGUCGCUCGCUGGUUCGUUUUGAGUUGUUGAUGCGCGUGCCACGGGGUAGCUUUGGAUCAACAGCGCGAUAAGUCCUAAGACGUUACACUUACAGUUUGCGAAUAGGCGACAGGACGCCGAUUCUGCAAGAAUAUCUCUGACAGGCAGUGUCCGUGCGCAUCUCUCUCACUCGAGGGAAAGCAGUACACCGAUCCGACACCCACACGCCUACAGAAAGUAGUGCAGGCCCUGCAGGACCAGGAGGAGCAGCCGCAUGCCGGCUUACUUUGUGUUCUCGGGCGGGCUGCGGCAUGGCCACGAAAGCGCGUGAGCGUGGCCCAUUCGCUGAAGCCUACCGGCUCCACAAGUGGCACAGAGCGCUGCAGCCGCUGCUUCCUCAACGUGCCAGUGGAGCCCGGCAUGUGGCAGGUUGCCUCGCACCACGCCGGCGCCGUUCGCCUCCUGGUGCAAGCAACAGCACUGCGACAAGUCGCGGCGCCCCCUUGUUCCUUUUGGCUGUUUGUCCUGGGGCCCGCAGCCUCUGUGAGUCUCCGACACGAGCGCCCGCACCACAUUGGAGGGAGAGCUCCUCGCCAUGGGACUUCGCUUGGGAGGGGCUCACCGAAUGACGCACCUGAGGCGGAGUGCGUAUAGCCCCACCAGGCCGGCGAGAAAAGGCCUUUUGCUCUCGCCCUGGGCGAGAGCAAAAAGCGCCGGCACUGCAGCGGCGGACCCCUUCUAGUCUCUCGGCCACCCAGACAUUGGGGGACCGAUGCGCGCCCUGCAAAUGAUGGUCCCGACUCCCCGACAAGAGUUGGCGGGCGCCCCCGCGUGUUUUGGUGCGUAUCUUUUAGCCGCACGCAAAGCAGGUCGCUUGGCGCCUCCCGUUGGUUCAUUUUUCAGAUGUCGGAGCCCCGACGCUAUGGUGUUCCGUGUGUCUGUCAAUGAAUGGCCGUAACGUAAUCCGCCAUCCAAGCAAAUCGCGCAAUUCGAAUUUUCUCAGGGAGUCGUCAACGCGGGGAAAAUGGACGUUAGCAACGUAGUGCAGCACCUGUUGUUCCACGUACGAAGAUGAGAGCAGCAUCCCCCCGGAAUGUAUGGUCGCAGGAGGCACCUCCUCCGUCAUGCUGAGUAGUGAAGAGGCUGCUAUGUAAAUAAUAUAACGCAUUGGAAUUGGCGUCGAGUUGGAUGAAAGUCCUUUGCAAAUACGUAUUAUUCGCGGCGAAUUGGAUCUGCAGCUGCACGAGCCAGGCCGCGGCCGGUCAGAGCUAACAUAAUAGUGCGCGAUUUGUGAAUGUGCACGCUGAUGAUGAUUCGGGCUAUUUUGUAGUCGCACCCUGCAGCCCGCAACAAGACAAAGAUCGGCACGCAAGGCGCCACAAGGGGGCGGCCCUUUGCGUUCCGGCCCGCAAGAUGAAGUCGGGAGAGCGCCAAGCCCCGCCGCCGGGCAUGCGUUUUUCCGGCGAGAGCUGCCCCAUUUUCUAUCCCCAAACCCUAGCAAGCAAGAAGUUGAAGCAAGUAGUGCGCCAAGCCCCGCCGCCGGGCAUGCGUUUUUCCGGCGAGAGCUGCCCCAUUUUCUAUCCCCAAACCCUAGCAAGCAAGAAGUUGAAGCAAGUAGUGCGCCAAGCCCCGCCGCCGGGCAUGCGUUUUUCCGGCGAGAGCUGCCCCAUUUUCUAUCCCCAAACCCUAGCAAGCAAGAAGUUGAAGCAAGUAGUUCGCGCCCGCGUCCGCGGUGCCUGCGCCAGUGCUAGGUUGUUGACUGGCUACUGUGCCGCCCAAUCAGUGCCGCGCGCCGGGGCGCGGCGCCCACCGUGGCUGUGUACCCCCGGCAGGGUUCGUCCAGGCAGCAGCUUUCGGCGCCCGGGCCCCGGCGGCGGGAUUGAUUGGGACGAGUCGCAGGCCCGUAGGCCACUUUUCCCUUGCAAGCACCUGCUGCGCACUUCGUCAGGACGGAGCGCCCCGGGCCGCUGCAACAUGCGCGCCACCGGGGGGGCCCGUACGGGCGCACCCCCCCCCCCUCCGCCCUUCCGUGCCCCCGCCCGACGCAGGACGCGUGGGGGGGCGCGCGGUGCUCGCCGUCUAUUGUUCGGAUGCAGGGGCCCGACCGCAUGCGGAGGCCCGAUCGGAGAACGGUUGGACCUAGCCUUGCCCGAUUUGUCCGGCUGCCUUUCUUCGCUGCCCCAAACGAAGGCAGACGCGGCCGCAUUGUUGUAGUGGUCCGGAUCGAAUCUCCGUGGCGCGCGACGCCUGCCUGAAGCUGGCAAACCGGCACGAGACGGCCGGGGCGGAAUAGACAUAGAGGACGCAGCGCGCCCCAAGCCUUCUGCUGGUAGGUUUGUUUCUGCAAAAUUGCUAGGCGGCGCCAGCAAGGCCGCUCCUCCCCUCGUGCUGCCAGAGGGGGCAUGGGGCCGCGAACGGUGGCGAAUCUAUCGAACAAGCCAAGACGCGCCGCGCGCGCCCGGCUGCCAGCCUCCGCCCGCCUUGGCAGGCGCGCCGGCAUCAGCCCGAGAUGGGGCGCCGGGGUUGCGGCCGGCGUUCCGCCGCUUUUCAUACCCGCGCGCGCGGGUGCGAAAAUUUUGCGAGCCCCCACCGGGGUCGAGAGAGGCUUCGUCCUCGCUCCGGGCCCCGGAAGGGAGCCAGACGCAGCGCCCCUGCUUGUUGCGUGUUAUCGCGCGUGCGCGAGCCUUCAGUGUGGCAGUGUGUGUUACUGAGCCGCGCUUCCGUUGAGGGCACCCGGGAACACCACGCGCAGAGCGCCGCUUUCCCAGCCAAGGAGGGCGGCACCCGUCCUCCCUCGGGGGGCGGGCAGCCAGCGGCCUCAAGUCCCAGUGCCUACGGUUGUCGCGCGUAGGCUGCCACCGAGCCUCGCGGCGACAGCCCUACGCGUGACGCCGUGCGCCUCGAUGUUGUUUGUGGGGGCGCCCUCUUCCGAAGGCGGCAGCGGCGGCACUUCCACAGACUGCGGCGUCCCGCGCAUUUCGGUGAAGCUAGUAUGCUUCCGCGUGGGAGGCAGUAGCCCGCCCAAAGAUUGUGACGCCGAGCGCAUGCCCGUGGUUGAAAUUCGCCCGCGCGCGGGCGGCAGCACCCCGGCCGAGCGUGGCGCGCACAUCGGUGGAGUGCGCCUGCGCUUGAAUAGUGGUAGCACCUCUUCCGGGUGCGCCCCACUCCUGCGUGGGGUGCGCCCCGGCGUGAGCGGUAGCACCUUCCCAGAGUGCGGCGGCGGCGUCUGUUUGAAGCCAGCGGAAAGUGGCCCGCACAUUGGUGGAGUGCGCCUGCGCUUAGAUGGUACGUAGCCACUCUUCUGGCUGUGGUCUACUUCUGCGUGGGGUGUGCCCCGGCGUGAGCGGUAGCACCUCUCGCCCAGAUUAGACAGUGUGGCGGCGGCGUCUGCUUGGAACCAGCGGACGAAAGCGGCCCGCGGCACAUCUGCGACGUGCGCCCCUGACUCCGCUGCAGCGCCCCGCUGUAAUCUACUUUUUCUGUGCCUCGGACUGAAGAUACUUGGUGGCGCGGGCCGCUUGUUUUUGAGAUCUUGCUUUCGACGUUGCCAGAUCGUGCAACAGGCGAGCGGCGAAUCGAAUUAGAACCCAGAAUGUCCGGGUGCCGUUUCUCGGAUACGCCGAGCCAUCUCCGCAACCUGGAAGCGCGUCGCCUCGUUUUGCCAUAUACUGAAGGGGCCGACGCAGCGCAUCAACGGCAGUGAACAACUGAUGGCAGACUCUUGGGCCAAAAUCAAAUGAACCCAGCCCGAAGCAUUUCGCACAGCUAGCUCGUAAUUCGGCAUGACAGCCCCCAGAUCUUUGCGUGGUUCAACUCCAUCAGUCACAGUCUGCGCAGACGCAGAGGGCUUAAUUAUUUGCGCAGUAGCGACACUUAAAGCGGAGACAAAGGAUGUGGCUAUACAGUCCAGGUCUCCUGUGCCAGAUUCUGGGCCCGCUCAUGUUUGUUUCAAGUGCAUGCGACCAGUACGGAAACUAUGUGUUGCAGCAGACGUUGACGGUGUCGCGGGAUCCCUAUCAAUCUCAGCUGAUCGACGCCAUUCGUCCUUUCGUGCACGCGAGUAAGUUCAUCUUGAUUUUAUCAGGCAUAGAAGAAAGCACAUAGAUUUACUUAGAUAGAUAUACUGCAGGUCUCUCGGUGGCGUUGCCCACCUUAGGAUUUAGGGUCUGAACGUUCCCAGCAUCGCUCGGAGCAUUGGAGCCGUUUGUUGAUAGUGUACGAUCUCGCGAUAUGACCAAAAAAGGCGCUUUUGAUAGUUCUUGUUCGAAUUUUACCUUCGCCUUACCUUCCCUUUCGAUUCUUCCUCCGGGCCUUGCAGGCACUAAGCAGUUUUCUUUGAGCUUGUCUUGCUCUUUAAUUUGGGUGCUUUUGCUUCUUCGGGGAAAAUCCAGAUAGCAGUGCGCGCAGACAUGACGAGUUGGACAUGAAAAUGUGCUUUCACCGCAUUGGUUUUCUUCUGAUCUAAGGCGCCCUGCACCAGCGGACCGUGUGAAGACGUCUUCCCUUGCCACGUUUUUAAUCGGGUCCGCGGCCGACACAGAGGAUAGGUCUUUGGGAUCAGGAUCAAUCUCGUUUAGUGUUCCACAAAAUGUUAAGGGUUGAAAAAAUUAAGGUUUACAUCAGGGUUUUGGUUCGUGGUUUCAUAGAUUUCGCAGCCCCCGCCUUUGUCCCUCUUCGCACCGCCCGGCAGUUGUCCAGGUGGUGCCUUGGUUCGUAUUUCGUCUGGCUGGCAAAACCAAAGCCGCCGGGCCUUCAGAGCUGAAGGCCCUUCUACCUUGAUGCCGAUCCAGAUUUUGUGCGAGGUGUCGCCACAAUUCUGACGAGCGCACGCUGGCUGAUUUGGGGGUCAGCAUUUCCCUCGAGAUCUAGGCUGGCAUCUACGCCAGGCAAGCCGCCUCGCCUCGCGCGUUACUUGGUACGCGGAGCAGGCUGCCCGGCUUUUCUGCCUCCGGAUCUCGUUCCGCAAUCUUGCGGGACAACGUUCGGAGGCAGAGGUAGAUCACCAUCCUGGCCAGCCAAAGAGAUGCUUGCCCCUGUGAUGGCUGCCGCCAAAGCGGCAGGGUUUUGGUCAGGGUUUUGCUCCGAAAAGGCUCACCGCAAUCGAAGCAAAAACUUAUUUUUUUCGGGAGCUUCCCCCGAGCUAAUAAAAUAAGUUUUUGCUUUCGCUUUGCCCUCCUUUUUGUGGCUGAAAGUGUGGAGCUGUUCUGGGCCGGUAUGUUCGCCCACAUCGUGCCCAGACAACCUACCUGGCCCUGCAAGUUACUUGGGGCAAGUGACAGGGCGCCCGGUUGCUCUGCCUCAGGAUCUCGCUCCGCAAUCUUGCGGGACAAUGUUCGGAGGCAGAGGUAGACCACCCUCCUGGCCAACCAAAGGGACGCCCGUUUCUGAGGCGUCCGCCGCCGACCUCAUCUGCAAACCAAAACCUUACUUUAUUAGGUGGCGUUUCGGAGAAAAAAUAAUUAAGGUUUUGGUUUGGAGAUGAGGUCGGAAGCCCGGUUUUCCCGGGGCUUCCCCCGAGCUAGUACGGUAUGUCUUUGUCGUCAAAUCGGCCACCCGGGUGUGCGGGUCUAGGCAUGGCCAACAUCCGCCGCCGGAGAUUGACUGGGCAAAAUCCCGGCCACAACAAGAGGGCUGCUUUCCGGGGCUGCUUUCGGAGCUCGUGUUGAAAGCAAAAACUUAUUUUAUUAGCUCGUGUUUCGGAAGAAAAAAAACUAAGUUUUUGAUUUGAAAUGAGCUCGUUAUACCCAGCCGACAAAAGUCGGCCUCUCUUUUUGAGGUCAAGUUCCUACGGGCCGGCCAUGGCCAGCCUCCAGCCACUGCGAGUGGCCCAGCAGGAAGUGGACCGCAAAAAGAGAGGGCGAUCUUUGAGGUUGGGUUGUCGACCUCAUCUCCAAACCUAAACCUUAGUUUUUUUUUGUCCGAAACGCGACCUAAUAAAAUAAGGCUUUGGCUUGAAGAUGAGGUCGACGGCGGACACCUCAGAGCCAAGCAUCUCUGUGGCUGGCCAGGAAGGUGAUCUACCUCUGCCUCCGCACGUCGCCGCGCAAGAUUGCGGAGCGAGAUCCGGAGGCAGAAAAGACGGGCGCCCUGCCAUAUGCUCCAAGUAACUUGCAGGGCCAGGUAGGUUGUCUGGGCACGAUGUGGGCGAACAUACCGGCCCAGAACAGCUCCACACUUUCAGCCACAAAAAGGAGGGCAAAGCGAAAGCAAAAACUUAUUUUAUUAGCUCGGGGGAAGCUCCCGAAAAAAAUAAGUUUUUGCUUCGAUUGCGGUGAGCCUUUUCGGAGCAAAACCCUGACCAAAACCCUGCCGCUUUGGCGGCAGCCAUCACAGGGGCAGGCAUAUCCGUCGUUGGCCGUUAAGGUGCUCUACCUCUGCCUCCUCCCGUCGUCCCGCAAGAUUGUGGAACGAGAUCCGGGGGCAGAGAAGCCGGGCGCCCUGCCAGUUGCUCCAGGUGGCUUGCACGACGAAGCAGGCCGCCUCGACACGAUAUGGGCGAGCAUAUCGGCGCAGCUCGGCUCCGCACUUUCGGCCACAAGAUGAAGCACAAAGCGAAAGCAAAAGCUUACUUUUCUAGAUCGGGGGAAGCUCCCGGGAAAAGUAAGUCUUUGCGUCCAUGUCCGUGAGCCUCUUCUGAGCAAAACCCUGGCCAAAACCUUGCCGCUUUGGCGGCAGCCACUACAGGGACAAGCAUCUCUGUGGCUGGCCAGGAAGGUGCUCUACCUUUGCCUCCGGACGGCGUCCCGCAAGAUUGCGGAACGAGAUGCGGGGGCAGAGAAGCCGGGCGCCCUGCCAUUUGCUCCAGGGAACUCGCAGGAAAAGGCAGGCCGCCAGGCCAAGAUAUGGGCGCCCGUGUCGGCCCAGUUUAGGCCACCAAGUUCGGCCGAAAGGGGGGGGCCAGGGCAAGGGCAAAGGCGCAAGCGUUAGUCUGGGGAAAGCUCCCGGAAAAAGUCAGAACCUGCUUCCAUUUUGGUGCGCUUUUGUCAUGAAAAGGCCUAGCCGAGAACUUGCCGCCUUGGCGGCAACCGGGACCCGGCCAAACCUCCAGCCGGGCAAGCCCGCAGCUGCUCAGCCUCUUCCCCCGGACCCCGCUACGCGCCACCGCAGGAUGAGAUCUGGGGGCGGAGAAGCCAGGCCAGCAGCCCGGCGCCCCAAAUACCUCGCGGCGGAUGGCAUGCGUCUGGGGUUCUUCUGGGGAGGUGCCGAGGCUAAUAUCUUGGCCAGCAGUCCAGGUCAGCAGAAGCCGAGAAAAAUGCCGCCGCGGCUUCAUCGUAUUCACCCGGGGGAGAGGUUGGAAGCAGCAAGCGCGCGGCCUCCAUUUUGCCCGGCUUCUGCUGGUCUGGAUACCGGCCGAGAUGUUGAUAUCGGCGCAGCGAGCUUUUUCGGCUGGAUGGUCUGCGCUUUCCUUUUCCAUUCAGAGCGAUGAGAAAAAAAAUGAAAAAUCGCAAAUCAAAACCUUGACCAAAAACUUAAUUCUUUCAACCCCUAAAAAUGUUAAAGAAAGCGCAGCGACAAAUCCGAAAAGAUAAGCAACAAAGGGCUUAGAAGGUGGGGAUAGGGAAUUAUGAAAAAGGCAGCUGGGCGGUGCCGGGUGUAACUUCGCGGUUGACGGUGAUUCCCGUCGGCCUGCUUUGCGUGCCAUCGCCAAAGCUUCGGGAGCGACGGAGUCGCCAGGAAGGGUAAGAAGAGGAGGCUCAGUGUCAGUUAGUACCUGGCAAAAUUCUGGUGGCAUCCGCAUGCAUCUGUUGUACGCAAGGACGGGCAUGCGCGGGAGGCUUUUGUAAUCAGGACCUUGUGACUGUGAUGUUGAUGCUGGCAGCUUCACCACGGGCACGUGUGAAGACCCCAAAGAUAGAAAGAGCUCCGGCACAACCAAUCUGCGGCAACUCCCCAAAGAACUUAGCUGCUUGACAUCAAAGCGGGCACUUUUAUUUUUAGUCUUGCGCUGGUGGCAAUCUGUUGGGACGCAAUUUUUUAAAUGCUUAGACGUCCCAGGAACUGGAACUCUAGUGGCGCGCUUAACAGUCACCUGCUCCCCUUCAGGAGCGAGCAGCACGCAACUGAUCCUUAUUUUCAUACUGCCAGUGAUGGAGUAGGACGCCAUACGCUAGCACGUAAUUCUACGAGAGCUAAACUAGUACCAGUCACCACACGAAGAGGAACUUAGACAGUACGCUAAGCAAAAGCUGAUAGUGCUCGCUUGCCUUCAGGACCGAGUAUUUUUUGUUGCUGCCACUUGUGCUCUGCAAUGCAAUUGCAAUACAAACCUAAGCCUAAGUGCAAGCGCUUAGCUUACAUAUACAUUCACCGUAGGGCUAUGCGUCAGGCGACGCCCCCUCUCUAAAUCAGAACGCCCAGCAAGUGGCUUCUGCGCUAGUCCCCCUUCGACCCAGUCGGUAGAAGAAGAAAUUGAAAUCAUCCCCGUGUCAUGUUUCUGGGUGUCCCUCCAGCGCGGUGCCGAAGCUGCAGCACCGCCGACGUUUUUCUUUUCCGCGAUUUCUCGCUUACCUAGACGCGAACACACAUGUUAGCUUCCACGAUUUGCAUUUUUUUUUGGCUGACUAUCCAAACACAAACUCACGCGCGAUUACAUUGAUCAGUUUUGCGGCACAUGCUCGAGGGAGAAAUGCCGUCCCAUGCACCGAUACCGCGCAGAACAGCGACCACACUUGCCCCGGAGCAGGCACAGCGACUAGCAGUAAAACUCGCAAAACGGUUCCCGGUUCUACUGGAGGGUAUGGAAGACCACGAGAAAGCGAUGCUUAACACGCCUAGUGCAGGCAGCUUCCAUAGUAGGUCCGACGCGCUGCACGGCGGAGCACAAAGUGCAGGAUCAUCCGGAGCGGGUUACAGCAACAGUGGGGGCAGCAGUAUCUUUUUUUUUGCUAGUUUUUUCGUACGAGCUGCCGCGGUCCGUGUCGGUCGCACAGAAGAUCAUCACUGAGACGCGUCCUGUAGGUCGCCAUCGUGAUGCGACGCAGCGGAUAAGUGAGACUAGUACUUACUUGAUUGUGCCAAGAACAAACAACACUUCCACAGGUUACGACUACGCGAGUCUACUGAACUUACAGCAAAGCAUAGCGUAUGGGUCCAUGCUAUCGAAGCAAAAGCAACAGCAAGUGCCUGCGUUCGAGCACCUUGAAGUUAACGAAAUUUAGUUCCUUGCGAAUAAUUUUUUUGAGUAGAAGUCGCAGAGAUGAUGAGGAGGUGAUAUAGAGUUGUCCUCAGGCGCAGACGUAUCCUCGAAGCGAAGAUCCCAAUUUGUGGUUCUGCAUGGAAUCGAAUUGGUUGGACGAGAAGCGGAGCUCGCUGGCGGGCGGGGUUUUUCCUUCCUAGACACACUGUACAGUCCUGCAGAUAUCGCUGCAGCAGCUGCGUUGCAGUCAAUGGGCGCAGGUAUUCAACAACAUAAAAAAAAUUUUGCUGUCUUCGGUCGGAAUGGCGACGUGGUCAUACGUCGGCAUGGGGAAAAGGAUCUUGAGACAAUAUCGAUAUCUAAAUCUAUGAACAAGUAAAAUGGAAAUAUGAUUUCAAGUGGGGGCAUUUUGGUUUUUUUCAGCCUUACACUGUAGGGCCAGGGUCAGUCGACCAGGGUCCGCCGCGAUCGUGAACGAGACCCACCGCGAACCAGUGCGCGCCCAGGGCCGACACAAUGUCGACGGGCCACUCCUUGACUUCUGUUCCAAUGGUGGACGACCCCAGCCCAUCCUGAUAGGCAGCUGAAUUCUACUAGACGCCCCAUCGCCAGCGUCCUGGACUCCGGCGUAGUAGUCUAGUUAUGAAUAUAAGUACAAAGAUUCUUCGAAACACGACAGAACAGCGGUGAAUUGCAAUGAAUCGGAUUGAUUUCCUAACCAAAUUUAAACAGCAGCCGGAUUGCAAUCCGGAUUACCCGGAAAAGUACCGACCUUGCAAGCUCCACGAGGUUCUUUCAAUCAUAUGAAAUCUCCCCAAAGGAUGGUCCCGUCAGUAAACCAGCUGAACCCGAAUCUGAUGAUGCAGCAACAAGCGACAAACCAAUCGCAAUUCAUGCAACAAACACGUAUCGAGUAUCUAUUUGAAGCUAAAUUAACUUUUGAAUGCGCAUGCGACAGAUAGCACACGAGUUCGAAUCUCAUGUGCUUCUGCUUUUACUUAAUUUCAAUUUGAGUGCGGCGGCUUUUUUUGAGUUAUGGAUGGCCCCCAAGAUCGGCGGCCGGGGCCUCGCGGAUUAUUUUCCAACGAAAUAUAAAAAGAAAAACGCGGCGAAGCCUCCCUUUGACACAUGAAGCCGGAACGUCAGCGGGGGAAGAUCGCAGCCGAAUGCGAUAAAUUUUUUUGACAUCUUACUUGAAACCUGCUGCCUCCGCCGGUGCUUCGAUUUUUUUCUGAUCCGGAUCCCGGCGAAGAGAAAAGUAAAAAGGCCCACAGGCCACGAAACAAACCAGUUAGCACGCGAUCGGCAAUGACGAGCCAAACCCCUCCCCGUGUCUCGAAGCGAAACCCUUCCACUAAACAUGUCGAGCUGUUGAGGACAGGCCGACUGGUCGGAAUGGUCUCGCCUGUGCGGGGGGGGGGCGGGUGUGUGAGGCGCUGGCCUUCUUGUCUCAUUUCUCCUCGAAGACAAUAUGAAGCGAUAACGAGAAAAGGAAAAGCAGAAGAACAAAGCGCCGACAAGUACAAAGCGAAAGUAGAUGCAAAGAAAUCGCCACUGCAGCCGAAAAGAUGAAAAACGAAAAGCCGAGCGAGGGCGCAGAUGGGCGAGGAAGUCAAGAGAGUCGCCACGGUAGGCCGCACCCAUGUGUCAAAAAACAAAGGGCCGUGCACGUCUUAGCCAGUUUGAGUUUAUAUAUUUAGGCGGAGGCGCAAAAAACUAAACGUAAAGCUCAUUGAGUUUGUGCACCUCAGAUUACGGGCAGCUACUGCAGACCGGUCAGGGCGAAGGCUACAAAUUGCAAAUGUGUCGGCGUCUGCAGGGAAGACGCCUAUUGCUCAAAAGGCAGGCCAUGCUCCUUGUGCCUGCAUCAUGUUAGAGCAGUGCAAGUCUUGCAGCAUUGAGCUUUUUAUUAUUCGUGAUUAUAUGCAUGAUUAUAACACCUGAGCAGGACAUUCCCGUAGGGAUGAGAAGGCCGUACUUGUUCAGAGUGCGACUCAUUGCCAUUCGUCCCUGACGCCGACAAGUUUGUCAUUCAUAGGACCGGCGGGCAACGCGCGAUGUCGUCUGUUUCAGCGUAUGGAAGUGGGAGCGCUACAGCUUGUGACAAGAUAGGCCCUCCGCAAGCGUAAUGCCGUUCGCGGAAUCGGCAUCCGAACCACUACAAUUGACGCGUCGUGUCUUUAGUGUUUUUAUCUUUGCCACUAGAUGGCUGUUUACAUACCUGUACCUCCUAGCUUGAGCUCACAACGGACCCUUAUUCGCUUUCCUUUAUUCAGCGCUCCCCACGGGGAUCCAUGGAUGCGCCGGAAGGGCGGCCCUGUCCAUGCGCGACGAGCUGUAUCACUUAUAUGAGCCGCCCGCACGAUUACUCGACCUCCUUCUCAAUGCAGAGAAGGGGGGUGCGGUGCGAUCGGUCACCUAGAAGAAGCUGUGCCGAAUCAACGUUGCUGGGAGGGACGGGCCUCUUCAAUAAAAACAUUCCAACUUGUUCAAUUGUCGUGCUCGCAAUUCUUCAUUCCGAGGAUCAUUGAUAUUUGGGAUGCGUGAUUGCGCGCUGGUGAGGCGCGGGAGCUUUUCCCAGGCCGAACGGGUGCAACAGCGAUGGCACGCGCACGGGAGGAUUCUGUUUUUCCCUGCGUGGAGGAAAAAAAAGAUUUACAAUGGUCGUGCACGCGGUGGUGGCGCACGAAGAAAGAUUUUCCCGAGCCCUAAUUUCGAUUCGGAGGGGCCUUGCCGCACGCGCAGCGCAAGGAACAAAAUUUUUCCGUAACGCGAGCUCGUCCCGUUGGCGCUCGCGCUCCGCUGGACUUGAGGCAAGGCCGUGCGUAGACGUGUCUCGUGGGUGGAGCAUUUUCCUUCCGUGCCCCAAAAGCUUAGCCAACACCCUCGCGCAGGACACAGCACGUACAAAAAAACUGCUCGAAUCGUGCCGGGCACGAAGUCAAGCGCGCAGAGAAAAUUUCUCCCGUUGCGCAGGCGCUGCCUGGAGGUAGGGGAAUUCCGUGUGGGUGGCGCGCGCAGAAGAUCUCCCACGUCCCAAAUAGUGGGCGGCAAGGCCGCGCACGCAGCACGUAAGCACAGCACUUCGCGCCCGCAGCGCAGCCACAGAAAGGAAGUUGCCCCGCGCGUUGUGCGCGCCGAAAAUUCUUCAUAUCCUACAGUAGGAUGCGCUGCGCGCAAGGAAAAUCAGCUGCAUUUUUUCGGUACACGACAGCGACGAGACCCGCAGGCACAAUUUUUGUCCGGCGCCACUGUUCCCGUUUCAAAUACCUAGUUUUUGCUUGUUGCGCAGCCUCUUUCACGUCUCGGCCCUGCUUUAGAUUUUCCUACUUCACUUGCAAGGCACCACUCAGCGCUCAAGCGAAGCAAGGCACCACUCAGCGCAGCGCUUCUUGUGAAAAAAUGUGGGCGCGUAAAAACGAAAGCGCACAAUGCGGCACGCCGUCGGGAUGCCGAUUCAGAACAGGCCCGCCACAUGCAGCCUCCCCAGGGUGGGUCCACCCACCUCUCCUCGGUAUCAGGAAGCGCUCGAUUAAUCGCACAUGCCUCACCAGCUUCAAUUUCUGAUUGGCUUCGUUCAGUAUUAGUAGUACUAGUAUACUAUCCAGCACUGCAACGGUAGCUCUCGCCUGCAUACAGCACCCGGCCAAGACAUGGCGGCUCCGAGUCAAAACCAAACCAUUACGAACCAGAUCGGUUUCUGGCCGAAUUACAGCAAUGUCACCGCUUCUUUGAGCGCCGGAAAAAGCUUCAUGCCAAGAAGAGGGCGGUGCCAUACUCGAGGCCUCGGCUGCACCCUACCGCGCCGAUGUAUCGCCCAAGCACCUGCGCGCGUCUCUGCUUUUCUUGAAACUCCCCUUUCAGAUGUUCUGCCGCUUGUGCAUUUCCCUCGGGAUUGCACUGCCUUUAGGUGGUUCAGGAACCUGUUUGGACGAUGGGCAAUAGCGUAA